AUGCAAAUGCACGUCAAUACGGCUUCAACGCCGUUUCUCCCUAUACUAAACCAGCCGGUACAACUACACUCAUCUCGCGACCCUGGAACCUGCACUCUAACCCCAGAGCAAUGUGCUUUCAAAAACAGGUACUGGGUGUUCUGGUAUGAAGCAGAUUUGGUUUACUGCCUCCCUGUAGUAUACUUUUUCGUAUCUGCCAUUGCCCUAUUCGCCAUUGGUAGAUUUGCCUCUGAUUUUGCUCCGAGUACCAUCAACAAGAGUAAGCCUUGGCGCCGUUGCAUGGCAGCGCUCCGCUACCAGUCUUACAAAACUUGGCGAGUUGGAAGCUGGAACACUCAGUCCCUUGGAGUUCUUCUCCUUGCCGCAGUCGGCGUCCUCUUCUUCUCAGUGUUGACCUUUGGCCCCAAGCCGUAUUACUGGCCAACAGACGCGCGAUAUGGAAACUCGCCUCCCAUCGCGACGAGAACUGGGUGGAUGGCCCUGGCCUGUUUGCCGUUUAUACUCGCCUUUGGGUCCAAAGCCAACUUGGUAUCCGCCUUAACCGGAAUUCCACCAGAGAAACUGAAUAUAUGGCAUAAUUGGGUUAGCUGGGCCAUGUUCGUUUUAGCCCUCAUCCACACGUUUCCCUUCGUCGUCUACCGCACCUACAGAGGCGAUGUUGCCGAAGCUUUCACAACUGGAGGGGUGUGGUUAACCGGUGUAAUUGCCAUUAUAGCGCAAGCCUGGCUUACCUUCAUGUCCAUCUCAUGGAUUCGCCACAAGUGGUACGAGUUCUUCAAGUCGACACACUACUUCUUCGCCGCCAUCUUCAUGGUCUUCUUUUUCCUUCACUGUAGCUUCCGCAUGACAUCUUGGGACUAUUUUAUUGCCGCUGGAGCCAUCUACUUUACUUGUCUCUUCUACGCCCUUGCCAAGACUUAUAUCAGACAUGGCAUCAAGCAUACCGCUCGUCUCCGGCUUGAAACUCCCCAGUCUCUACGGGUUGCAGUUGCUACAAAAUCGAGCUGGAAACCAGGACAGCAUGUUUAUCUGCGAUUCCUGACAGGCGGGUUUCACUCCAUCACGUCGCAUCCAUUCACCAUGUGCUCGGUUCCUUCCAAGAGCGGCAGCCAACAUGAGAUGGUCUUUUACCUUCAACCGCGCGGUGGUCUCACUCGACGACUUGCAAGAAUGGCCCAGAAACAAGCAGAGGUCGACGUCCGAAUCCUUCUAGAGGGCCCAUAUGGUGGAAUGCCUGCAAGAUGGUUCAAGGGGUUCGAUCACACUCUUUUGAUUGCAGGCGGAUCUGGCUCGGCAUUCACUCUCUCCCUCAUCGAAGAUUGGCUCAGUCGGCAUGAUUUAAACUCGACAGGCCAACUAAAAGUCCUCCUGGCAACCAGGGAUGCGGAGAUGCGAAUCUGGUACACUGAAGAGCUCCAGCGGAUCGCUGAACGACGAUGCGGCACUGGACUAGGCGAGGUUGCCGAUUUGAGCAUACAUUUUUACGAAACUCACAACAUUCCCGUGGUUGCUCCAGCGUCAAAUUCCCUUUCUUUAGGAGAUGAUGAAGAAAAGAGAAAGCAAGGACCGCAAAUACGCUCGAGUGCCCAUUCAGCCACGUCUCUGUUUAGCAUCAAGUUCUUUCACGGUCGUCCAGACACCGGUUCUGCGGUCAGGGAGAUGUCAUUGCAAGCGUCAGAUUGCACAGUUGGCGUGACAGUUUGCGGACCAUCUGGAAUGGUGUAUGAUGUUGCUCAUGCGGCGGCAGCGCAACAGCAACGAAUCCUUAGCGAACACGCUGGCGCGUCCGAAGUUUGGUUUCACCGGGAAUCUUUUUCAUACUAA